GGAGGGGAGGAGGGAGAGACUGAGGGGAGCGGAAACCACGGAGGUAGAGUCGGGGACGACUCGGAGAGCGGCGCAGAAGCGCCGGGAGCGGGCAAAUAUAUAUUUAUAGAAAGCGGGAAGGCGACGCCGCGACACGUAGACGCCGAGCCAGCGGGAGCCUCGCGGCCCGCGGAGGGGGAGGGGGUUCCUCUUCCUCCGCCGGCGCCCCCGCCCCCCCGCGCAGACGGCCGCCCGCCCGGGUGCCCCGCGGCCCCAGCCCAGCCGGGCUCCGCGUCCUCGGGCUCCGCGCCCCUCCCCUUCCUCCCCCAGGUGGCACUGGCUCUCCUGUCCGCAGAGCCAGGCUCCCGGGGAGACGUGCUGAGCGGUCGCUGGCAGCCCAGAGUGCCUUGGACGCCGCCGACCGACGCGCCCGGCCCGCCAGGCCACAUGAGUGCCUCUCCCAGCAGAGCCAGCGCCAAGACCGGCUCCCCAUCCUAGUCCGCCGAACGCAAACCGCUGAGAGUUUGCCGAGCCGCCCCUUGGGGCCCGGGCCGCCGAGUCCCGCUCGGGCACGGCCGCCGCCAGCCGGCGAGGGAGCGCCGCCGAAGGAAAAGCAGCGGGCGCCCGAGGGGAGCCCCGGAGGGCGGCCGGGCCGCCGACUUAGACUCCGGGGAGGUCGCGCCGCGAGCCCCCGCGCUCCCCCCCUCCCGCGCGGCGCUCCGGGAGACGAACUUGCUCCGCUCGCGGCUCGAGCGGCGAGCAUUUCCUAACGUGAGAGGCCGGGCGCCGCGGGCGAGGGGCGGGGAGCGGGCCCGGCGGGCGGCGAGGCGCCGGGCGGAGGCGGCGGGCCCCAUGCCGGCGGCCAACAUGAUGGAGAGCCUGCAGCCGCCCGCCCUGCAGGUGCCCGAGCCGCCGGGCGCGCCCGAGGGCAGCCGGGUCUGGUCCAGCUCGUCGACCCCCACGCUCCGCCGCCGGCGCUUCAAGAUGCGCCGCACCAAGAAUGUGCAGGAGCCGAGCCUGGAGGCCGGGCUGAGCCGGGACCUGCCCGGCGUCUUGGCCCCGGGCAAGGAGUUUCUGCAGCUGCCGUCCAUCGAGAUCACGCCCUCCAGCGACGAGGACACCCCGUGGUCCAACUGCUCCACGCCCAGCGCUUCCCCGCGCCGCAAACGCUUCCUCCUCCGCAAGUGGCUGCGGGUGAGUGAGCGGAAGGAGUGCAGCGAAAGCAGCAGCCAGCAGAGCAGCCAUGACGAUGACUCUAGCAGGUUCCUGAGUCCUCGGGUGCGGGAAGAAAGCACUGCCAGUAACUCCAACCGCAGCACGCCGGCCUGCUCCCCCAUCCUCCGGAAGCGGUCUCGCUCGCCACCCCCUCAGAACCCGGACGGAGACAGCAUGGUGGAGAAGGGCUCAGACCACUCCUCGGACAAGUCCCCGUCCACGCCGGAGCAGGGCGUGCAGCGCAGCUGCCCCUCGCAGUCCGGCCGCAGCGGUGGCAAGAACUCCAAGUCUCACAAGCGCCUCUCAAAAGUAAGCCAUCUUUUGUCUCUGUCUUUGGUCUCCCCUCCGGUGUUGGAUUGUCUGUAGUGCUCCGCACCCCUCCCUCUUCCUCGCCCAUCUUGGCCCAUGCGUCUCGCUUGGCCCCUUUCCCAGAAGGGCCGGCCCCACUGCCCCUGGCAGGCUGGCUGAGGUCACUGAGCGGACCAUUCCCACUGCACCCGGAGUCGGAGACCAGACCCGCCCCCCACCCCCGUGUCUCUGCCUGCGCCCCAAACACUGCCUCGGCUGGGCGUCUGUUCCCUACUUUCCUGGUGCCAUCUAGAAGCAGAGUCCUGCCAGGGCUUAGUUUCAUUCCUUUGGGGAAGGGAGCCCCCCCGCCCCCCCCCACCCCGUGAUCUGGUGGGGCUGCAGGUCCUGAUACCCCCUUGUACCUGCUCUGGUGGGCGAUUCCUGAUUCCCCAGGCCAGCUGAUUGAGGGUCACGAAUUCCCUUACACGAGUUCCCUGGUGCAGUAGAGCGACCCCAGGAGCUCGCCCUGGCCCGCUCCUUCCCUCCGCUUGCCCGCUGAGAGCUGCUCAGCCUGAGCGCCCCUUAAUGCUUCCACCCACCAUCCAGCCUGGGGCUCGUGGUGUUCUUAGGAUCCUGGCUGGUGAUCAGAGGAGAAGUCUUCUCUCACAGGGCGUGGCACCAGCCCCGGGAGGUCGUGGACGUUGAGAGUUGUCCCUGCUCAGGCCCUGCACAGAUGCAACCAGGUCAGGGAGCCCGUGCCAGAGUCUGCCCAGGACCCCAGGAUUUCAGAGGCCUGAGGAGAACUUGGAGGGAAUGGAGGGUGAAUAAUAGGUGUUUUACAACAGUAGCGGGGCUCAGGAAAUGAUACCCACGGGGAAGGGGGUGGCUACAGCCUGAAGAAGAGAGAGCUGGGGGGGGUGACUUAAUCAUAGUCUCAAGCCUCUGUAAGGGUUUUGGGGAGGAGCAGGGUUCAACAGCUGUUCUGGUUACUGAGGGAUGAGCGAGUGGCUACAGGGCUAAUCCUACAGUCUGUGACCUUCAGGCUAAAAACUCAUCUUAGCUCUGAGGAUUUUAAACCACCAGCUGCUGGCUGUGGGCAGGGCAGGAGGAGCUCUGCCUGCCCCGAGGAGGCCCCCAGGAGUCCCCUGUGGGUUCGGGGGGCUCGGCAGGUGCAGGCCUUUUGGGGACGGGGUUUGGAGAUGACCUCCGUCAGCCCCUCCUGAGCCCCUCAUGCCUCUGGCUGGGGAGAGGGCAGAUGCGGCGGGACAGGGCAUCCAGUUAUUCCAUGUCUCUGCCUCUGCCCACAGUGUUUACGCACUUUUCCAUCCUAAGGUCAAGCUCUAAGCUUCCUUACCCUCUUACCCCUGUGCCUAGCAAGGCCCUCAGUGAGCAGAGCAAUACUUAUCUAUGGUCUACAGCACGGAAUUCAGCACUUAACGGAGCGCCUCUUUUGGUCAGGUGAUGGGUUGAGGGGAGUAGCCAAUGGUGAGGAUUUUUUAAAAACCCUAAAUGGUAGGUCUUCCGUAAGAAAGGAGUAUGAAGACCAGGUUCCCACCCCCAGGCAGCGUCUAGCCUGGGAAGGGAGAUAAGAAACACAGAUUAUCCUGAUUAUUUGUGUCCAGAUUAUCCACAAACCUAACCUGACCUUCAGAACCACAUGAGCAGUUGGGAUGCUCCAUGAAGUCGGAGGCAGGAGAGCUCACGUCGGAGGCGGGGAGCGGGUGCACGGAACCAGGCUGGAACUCCCAGUGGGAUUGUGGAGGGGCAGAACGAGGCAUCAGGAAGAGACCAAGAGCUGAGCGUGAGCCCAGAGUGCACCUCAACCCCUUUGCUAAGGAGCUGAAGAGGGAGGUGACUGGUGGGGUCCAGGUUUUCUUUCCCCACGAAGAGCUUGGGUGAGGCGGUGCCUGAACCCAUCAGCCACAGACUGAGGUCCCAUCCUCUCCCCAGCCGUGACCAUCGUCACCGACCGACAGCAUAGCAGUUAACAAGGACUGACUUGUGGCGGGGAGGGCGGCCUGCCACCCCAGGCGGACGUGGGGGCAGCCGUGGUUGGUAUGGGAAGUGUGCGUGCGGGACAGAGAAGACACACGAGGACCAGUGUAGGAAUUAGGCUCUGCGCGGUCAGGGGCCGGAGCAGGGAGCGAGGGAGAGCUGCAGGGGUGAGGUGAGCAGAGGGAGGGGAGUCUUGUGGUGGGGAUACCCCUCGCCCGGUGGAGCCUUUUCUCAGGUUGACCGAAUGCAACCACAGCGAGGGGUCUGGUGGUCAGAGCUACUGCCACUGUUCUCACAGCCAGGCCACCUUGCUCCCUGCAUCCUGUGCGCUAGAGGAGGUGACCUCAUAUUUUUCAGGCCGGCUGGAGAGUGCCGCCACUUCUCCCUGAAGCCAGGCCUCGCUCACAGUGUCUGCCUGCCCUUCUCUCGCGCCCCCAUUUCCUCGUGUGUUAGUACACUGGGGUUGGACGAGGUAGCUGGUGAGGCCCUGCUCCUGUGACUCUGCAGCUGUCCUGCUGAGGCGGGCCCUGCCCCGGCCAGCCCUGCCGAGAGCCCUGGGCUAGACGUCAAGGCCCAGGUCUAUUCCAGGACCCCUUAGUUUGUGCCACCGCCCAGCUUUCGCUCUGUAGUGCUGGCUUGUGGCCGCCAGGGGGAGCCCGCAGCCGUUUCCUGCUCCGCCAGCUCUGGAACCGGGCGCUGCGGUGCCGGGAGCCCAGGCAGGUCCUUGCUUGGCCCCCGCGUUGUGCCUCCCCGCGCUGGGUGUACGGUGUCGUGGGCUCUGUGGCUCUGGCACGCCUUUUCCCCUUUGACUCUCUCCCUGUUGUUCAAUCCUAAUUUUUGUGGUUUUCUUUCCAGUAUGACAGACUUAACCUGAUCAAAGUAAGAAAUUGUUCUUUCCCCCCAACUCCUCUAACUAGCGCUCCUCCGUCCCUCCUCUGCCCACACCCCAUCUUCCAGAGUCCCGGGCCUUUGCACUGGGGGGAUGUGUAAGGAACUUGUCUGUUUCCAGGGGCCUUGGAGUCCCAUAGGUGCUUGCUCCUCAGACCUCGGCGAGGAGUUUAGAAACCUGCUCAGCUCAGCCCUGUCCCAGCAGCUCUGCCUUUGGGCGGUUUUCCUGACUCCGUCCUCCCGCUUUGCCCAAAUCCACUUAUCACCUGUCAGAAAGCCCUGGCCCCACUCCCUCGUUCUGUUCUUCCCUUGCCUCUGGCCCUCUCUGCACAGGAGGACAUUUUCGAGAACCCACCAGGACAGAGACUUCACGAGUGCCACUGGACACCCCUCUCACCCUCCGGGGCCACCGCUCCCUGGCCUCCCUGCCCCGUGAGCUGGCCCCUUCCGGUCCAGCAGCUCCUCCAGGACUCAGUCCUGGAAAGCGGAGCCACGGAGAUCAAACUGAGUUCAGGGAGACUCACACCCACAUGGCUGUUCCCAGGGGCUGCCGUGGAUUUGGCCGGAGGGCUGGACACCCUCAGUGGUGAUGGGUAACAGGCUGCCCACAGAGCGCUGGAUCGGGGCAGAGUCUCAGGCUGAGGGACAGAAGUCCUCGCUCUGUGUGUCUGACAUUGCAGUACUUGUGAACACGUAUUUACACAAGCAAGUAACACACACAAAGGUAUCACACAGCUAGUCAGAGGUGGGCCCAGGUUCCCUGGUGCAGGCUCUUUGUCACUCUGAAGCUCUUUUUCCGAACAGAUUCAGAAGGGCCGUGCAUCUGUGCGGCAGUGCACGAAACUCUCCUUCUUCCAUUCACUCGAGUUAGGAGGGGGAGCCUAAGUAAAGGAUCAAAUUCCUGCUGCCCCCUUUCCUCCGAGGGUCUCACGUGGAGGCCAGGACGGUGAGGUGAGCAGCUGGGGGCGGGUACAGAGAGUUUUCUCAGCCGUGAAGCAGGUGUCUGAUGACCUGGCUUUGGUUUGAUGAAACGCAGGCGAACUGCGGGUGCUUGAGGCCGGCAGCUCCUAGAGCGUGCUUUUCCACUAUUGAGAGAGGUGUUUUCAUGGAUACCUGUACAGCCUCGUGCCCUAUGAUCUCAGAAUGAGGACCCAAGAAUUAAGAUGUUCUAAGGCGCAGGGUAGAGUCCGCUGCAGCCUCCUUGCCCCAUCCACGCUCCUCCAGAAUGACUAGAGGCUAACUUUCAGUCCACGAUUCCCAUUCUCCCUCGGUGGUGGGAUAGUUGGCUUUGAAUAUUUGGAUUUGGGCCCUUACCUGCUAGGCCCUCUGGAUUGGAGGAGAAGAUGAGGCUGUGGUGGGAAUAUGUGACUUCCGGAUGGGGCCGUGGUGACAGCCUCUGUUGGGAAGCGACCAAGGAGAGCAUCUUGCAGAGGAGGAUGGAGCGCCUGCCUUGCCACCUGCCCCCUGGCCAGUGAGAUAGGGUGUGAGGUUGAAACAAAGCCACUCAGAGGCAGCACCACCCACGCCUGUCCUUCGUCUGCUGACACGCUUCCUCUUCAGAGUGAAGGUGAAGGUCUCUACAGAGUUCUUCCGGAUGGGAGAGCCAGCGAGGGGGGCGAUCGCACGCCCAGGCCUUCGCCACUGCAGUCACCCUCACCCUCUCCAGACACCGCACAGCAGACCUCCUGAGCCCACGCCUGCCUUCUUCCCUUAGGAGUAGGGACCCUGUAAGACCAGGUGGGCGGGAUAAAGGUUGCUAAGUGUGCCCACGAUCCACACCUCUGCGUAUGCAGCCAUAGCUCGGAGAGCCUGCCGUUGGGUUCCAGGCCACCACAGUGAAGCAAACGUUACAAUAAAGCAAGUCACGUGGAUAUUUUGAUUUUCCAGAACACGUGAAAGUUAUGUUUACACUGUGCUGUAGUCUGUCAAGUAUACAAUAGCAUUAUGUCUAAAAAAAGCAGUGUACACUUAAAUUAUCAUUAAAAAUACAAUUUUAAAUUAACUGAAAAAUAAUGGAUGCUCUUGGGAAAAUGGUGUCAAUAGACUUGCUUGACACCCUAUCGCCACAAACCUUCGGUUUGUAAAAAAUGCAAUGUCUAUGAAGCGUAGUAAAACGAGGUGUGCCUAUAGUUAAGAUGUGGACCAGUAGGCAAAGCUUCCUUCUACCCAGUGAUUCUCCUCCUGAAUUAUACACCCUUGGCAAGCAUUUUAAAACUGAAAAUACGCCAGCCCCAGUCUACCCAAUCUAAACCUGUUGGGUCAGCCCCUGAAGAGAUGGGGCAGGGGUGUGCGUGAGCGAGUGUGUGUGUGUGUCUGUCUGUCUGUCUCUAUCUGCUUGUCUUUCUGUCUGUCUUCCAAGUGGGAUGUGUAUGUAUAAAGGACUCCUGGCCAGUGAGAUGGGAGAUAGACUAGGCCAUCCCUCCUCUUAGCCAUCCCUCCUCUUUCCCUAAAAAUCUUUGUUACCUUUGCUCAGGGCUGGGAAUGGAGAGCACCUGAAUUCUGGAGUCGGGACGGACCAGGGUUUGUUGGUAUUGAAUUUUAACCCCAUGAAGUCGGGAAGGACCUUUAGCAAUUAUGUGCUUCAGCCUUCCCCCCAACACACAGCCCCCAACCACUCCUUGGCCACUGUCACUUACAUGAUCAGCCAGUUGGGCAGAAGGAGGAAUUUACUGAGUUGGAGGGAAGUUUCUAGGCAGUCCCUUGACUCCCCGACACCAGAGGGUCCCACCCUGCCUUGCAGGGGGGCCGACUUGGGUGGACGGCUGUGUUGGUCUCCAUGGGUACUUUGCUUCUGAUCAGGGCCCAUUGGGGACUGGGUCUCGGAUGCCUGCAGUGCAUCCCUCGCCCCCAUCAGAAGAACCUUGUGAUGGGGCCUGCUCCCUUCCGGCCGAGCUCUAGCUGGUGCUGCACUGCCUGCCAUCCCAGCCGCGGGGGCUUCCAGCAUGGACCGCUCCCUGGGCCUCCUUUCGGGAGCUGUCUUGAGAAAGGAGGACCCCCACCCCGAGCAACAACACGGGGAGCCUUCAGCUGCCUUGGGGUUCCUCCUCCCCGCCCGCCCUCCGCUGUCUGUGUAACCUUCCCUCUGGAGCCAGGAAUGCGCUGGCCGUUCCCACUGUGUCUCGCUGACUAACGUUGCUUCUCUUACUUUGU